UACAUGUAGAUGGGAGAUUGUUUACUCCUUUGAAAAAACACAUUUAUCGUUUAGAGACAAUGGAUUGUGCCUUAUCAAAUCAGUUCAAUGUCCAAUGUACAUUUUGCAGUAAUAUAAUUAUGAUUUACCAUACCUGUAGGCCUACACGCAUAUCAUUAUUGAUUAUAAGUAAUAGUUGAAUUAAUAUAGGCGCCAUCAUGGCCGAAACACAAUCCCUAAAAACAUUUACGAAAGAUCAAAAUGAAAUAUUUGAAGCUUACUGUCAAAGGAUUGAUCAAUUUCUUCUGAAAUUCAAGAAGAGUCGAAGUCUGUCAGAUCUAUUCAUCGACGAUGACAUUUUCGAAAUGGUCGACCAACUGGUAACCGGAGAUGUGAAAUCGGCCAUUAUUGCAUAUUUGUCUUCAUGUCAUGAGGUCUUUGAUAUAUUCUUGAUGGUUUGGAAAAACCUUACUGAACUAAAUGCUUCCACCAUUUUAAAGUUGACGAUCUAUAUAUGUAACCUUACAAAUUAUUCGGAAGAGUUCUCAUUUGCAAUUGGCGAAAAAGGGCUUCUUCCUUUGCUCUUUAUUCAUCUACAAAAAAAAGAUCUCGGCGAAUAUCAAAUUGGAGGUUUACUUACUAUUAUUUAUAACUGUUGCUGGAAAGCUCCAGAGAACAGAGUUAUCUGUCGAGAGUUCAUCGAUAUCCUCCAGAUUUUCGUGCAGUCAGAGAAUACGAGCAUCCAGGCAGAUGCAUUUCUGGCGCUAUCCUACAUCGUCGACAAAUCAGAAGUUCAUAAGAUUUCCUUGAAUGAACCAUGUCUGAACUUCAUCCUGCUAGCUCUCGAGUCGGCCAUGAGCGCACAAGACUGGGAAGAUGCGUUCGGGUAUUCGACCCUCGAGCUUCUUCAAGGCCUCAACCAGCUUGCCAUAAACGACAGCAACAAGCUUCUCAUCGUAAAUCUUGGUGGGAAAGAAAUCCUUGAGAGAAUCUUAACUGGCAAAGGAUCGAGCGAUGAGGAAAAGCUUUGGGCCGCUCGAGGAGUAUGGCAAAUGGCAUUCAAAGAAGAGAACAAAGUCAAAAUACGGAAAUCAACAACAACCAUCGAAGCACUGAAGAGAAUUGAAGAAACCACUGAUCAUUGCGAUGUCAAGGAAGCAUGCGCAGGUGCACUUUUCGUUAUCAACGAAGUGUCGGACAUCGAUGGUGAAUUCAAAGCUCCGACCCAUACUCGUAAGGAUCAGAGGGAGGUUUCGCCAGGCAAGGAGACGGACGGGCAUGUUAUGAUUAGCUACCAGCAUAAGAGUAGGGAUCGUAUGCUGAAAGUCAAGAGCUACCUUGAGGGUCUUGGAUACGACGUCUGGAUGGAUGUGGACAGAAUGGAAGGUGACAUAUUGGAUUCCAUGGCCAAAGCGGUUCAGAGAGCUGCGGUCGUCUUGGUUUGCAUGACCCGUAAAUUCAAGGAGAGUCAGCACUGUCGCACAGAAGCCACCUACGCCUACACCCUAAAUAAGGACAUCAUUCCACUGAUGCUUCAAGAUCAGUUCGCCCCAGAGGACUGGCUUGGUGCCCUCGUUGGAAUGAAGAAGUAUUACUCUUUAUUUUCAGACGAUCUAAUGAAAGAAGCCCUUCCCGACUUGGUCCGAGAUCUAGGAAACAGGGGAAAAUGUGGGAAAUUAGAUCGGGUCGCACCGUCUCUUGAUGGACUCACAGAAUCGAGCCUUGUAACAGUCCACGGUCUGCGGCAAACUGAUGAAAAAGCAGGAGACGACGUAGAUUGCGGUGGACUCACAGACAGCACAGUAGGCAACGAAAAGCUGUUGCAUUCGAGCUCAUAUACCAAGUCUGCACAUACAUGUAUAGCCACAUGGAACGUAGAAGAAACCACGGAGUGGCUAAGAUCACAAGGUGUCGAUACGAAUAAUGACAGUUUCAAAAAAGUGGAUGGCACUCGCCUGAGGCAGAUCAAGAACCUGCUAAACCUGGCGCCAGAAUUUUGCCUAAAAUCUCUGAAGGAGGAAUUGGGUCUUAGCUUGUGGGACGUCCUCUCGUUAGUAGAAGCGUUGGAGAAUCUAGAGUUUUGAAAAUGUCUGUAAAGCGUCAAAUUGGUAAUAGUUUAAUGUCUAUAUGCUUUAACCAUAAACGGCCGGAGGCCGUAACGGCCGCGGAAUUCCAACGCUGUUCUGCAUACUGCGGCAAUCGCAGAGUGAACUCUCGAUCUUGAUCAACAGAAUAUAAUAGAUCGAUCUGCAAUUAUUUUACCAAUUAUUAAGUUUUUAACUUCCCGUGCUCCAAACCGGCAAUUGUGUUACUAUAGUUCUAUAUACGGACUAGACCUAUUUAACUAAGGGGACCAAGCUCAUUGGUCUAAUGUAAGUAAACGCAAAGUUUGGAAUUAACCAUUUCUAGUUAACCAAUGCAUUAGUCCGCAGCAGCAGCAGGCAUUAGACGCGUCCAGAUUGGAGAUAGCACUUUUCCCUGUAAUCAAUGGUAAUUUGAUAAAUGUUUAAUAAUUGGAUCUAGAUAUAAAUCUUAGCACAAGGCUAGUAUAAGGGUGCCGGCAAUUUGAAGGUGCUGAUUCAUUCAUGCCAACGCGAAGGACCACAAUUUCAAGUCCAUGCGCAUGCGUACUCUUAUUCCGAAGAUACAAGUCAUGAAUAUUCACAUUGGCUUCCGGAACUGUGAUGGGAAAAAUAACUUCGCGUCCCGGCCCCCGAAACAUUUUCACCAGGCAAAACUUUUUAACCGCGCCGUCUGCUGACCUUUUAGUUUUAGUCUACGUGUGUACCGUUCUUGUCACUUUCACUUUAUCAUAUGGCCCUUGAAUGUCAGUAUUUACUCUACAAUGAAUAGUUUAAAAUGUUGAUAUUGAUCUGAUUUGACAUAAAUUUCACUUGUGGAAUUUCUUUAGAGGUUCUACGAGGUAUCGGAUAGAGCGCCCCCUGCUCACGUUUGAGAGACAUAGGGAAUACAUUUUUUUUGUACUCAAUCUGAGACGCCCUCGAAAUACACCUCGAGCGGCCAUAACGUGCUAUACAGGGCAGAAGAGGUGGUCUUGCACGAUUUCCUAGGAAUUUUUCUUUCCACUCUUUCCUUAACUUUUUAACUGAUAUAGAUUCAACAAAGAACAUAUUCUGUUUUGGACAAAAAGGAAAGCAAAUUAUCAUGGCAACAAUUGUCAAAACUGACUAGUUUGCCUAUUCAAAAUAACAACAACAACAACCCAGGUAAUUAUAGACCCAUUUCAGUUCUGCCAAUUCUUAGCAAAGUUUUUGAGAAAUUGGUAAAUAAUCGAUUGAUGAAAUAUUUGAACAAGAAUGACUUGCUAUUCAAACAUCAAUAUGGUUUUAGAGAGGACACAGCACAAAAUUAUCUUUAAUCAAUCUGGCCAACCAUCUGAUAAAUUCUCAAGAUAAGGGCCAAGUAACGGUUGGCGUUUUUUUAAAUCGAUUUUGCCAAGGCUUUUGAUACAAUCGACCAUGAAAUACUUCUGUAUAAAUUAAAGAAUUAUGGUAUACAAGGCAUUCAACUUGACUGGUUUCGUGACUGUCAAUGCAGUCGCCAGCAGUAUGUUCAACACAACGGCUCAUCAUCUUCCCUCUCAUCAGUGUUUGUGGGGUGCUUCAUGGAUCCGUGUUAGGUCCAACAUAAUUUUUAUAUAUAUUAACGAUUUACCAAAAUUCAUCAGAUUGAUUUAACUUCAGGUUAUUUGCAGAUGAUUCCAAUAUUUUUCACUCGUUCCUAUCCAAACAUAAACAAAAUAAUUUAUCAGAAGUAUCUGAGAAUUAGUCAAUAGUGUGAUGCUAAAA